AUGGAGGUGAUGGACAGCUGCAAGUUCUCCCCGUCCGAGCUCUUCUAUGACAGCUCCUGCCUCUCCUCCCCGGAGGGCGAGUUCCCCGAGGAUUUUGAGCCCAGGGAUCUGCCUCCUUUCAGCGCCCACGAGCCCCCCGAGCCCGCCUGCUCCGAGGAAGAGGAGCAUGUCCGAGCUCCCACUGGCCACCACCAAGCUGGUCACUGCCUCAUGUGGGCUUGCAAAGCCUGCAAAAGAAAAUCCACCACAAUGGACCGAAGGAAGGCAGCCACCAUGAGGGAGAGGAGGAGGCUGAAGAAAGUGAACCAGGCUUUUGAGACCCUGAAGAGAUGCACCACUGCCAACCCCAACCAAAGACUCCCCAAAGUAGAGAUCCUGCGAAACGCCAUCAGAUACAUCGAGAGCCUCCAGGAGCUCUUGCGGGAACAGGUAGAAAACUACUAUCACCUGCCGGGACAGAGUUGCUCCGAACCGACCAGCCCCGCUUCCAGCUGCUCCGACGGGAUGGCCGACUGUGGCAGCCCCGUUUGGUCGGCGAGAGGCAGCGGCUUCGACGCCGUCUACUGCGCCGAGAUGGCUCACGGCUACGCCGCCGAUCAGAGCAGCGCCCUGUCCAGCCUGGACUGCCUCUCCAGCAUCGUGGACCGUCUCUCCCCGGCGGAGGAGCCAGGGCUGUCCCUCCGCGACGCCGACUCCCUCUCGCCCAGCGCCAGCAUCGACUCGGGGCCGGAGACGCCCGGGACGCCGCUGCCCCGACGGACCUACCAGGCGCUAUGAAGG